AUGCACACUGAUCGCUAUCUGGCUGCUCAUGCUCGCUACUACGUUCGUGAGAUGCGUAUCCGAGCCUACACUCAACACUUGGAUUCCUACAGCAGUCUCAGCCUUGAAAGCAUGGCUGCUACUUUUGGUGUCACCAUGAAUUUCCUUGAUGCGGAACUCUCUCGAUUCAUCGCUAAUGGCCGCAUUGCUUGCAAAAUCGAUAAGGUCACGGGUAUUGUAGAGACUACUCGUCCGGAUAAUGUUAAUUCCCAGUAUCAGGCUAUGAUUAAACACGGUGACGUUCUGCUCAACCGUAUUCAAAAGCUCAGUCAGGUUAUCAACAUUUAA